UGAGGCAGCGCCUGCGCACAAGAGUCACGUGGUGGCUGGGCCGGGGAAAUGGCGGCUCCAGGAGAGAGCGGGGCUUCGGGUGGCGGAGGCAGCACGGAAGAAGCAUUUAUGACCUUCUACAGCGAGGUGAAACAAAUAGAGAAGAGAGAUUCAGUUCUAACAUCCAAAAAUCAGAUUGAAAGAUUGACUCGUCCUGGUUCCUCCUACUUCAAUUUGAACCCAUUUGAGGUCCUUCAGAUAGAUCCUGAAGUGACAGAUGAAGAAAUAAAAAAGAGGUUUCGGCAGUUAUCCAUAUUAGUGCAUCCUGACAAAAAUCAAGAUGACGCUGACAGAGCACAAAAGGCUUUUGAAGCUGUGGACAAAGCUUACAAGUUGCUACUGGAUCAGGAACAAAAGAAGAGGGCCCUGGAUGUAAUUCAGGCAGGAAAAGAAUACGUGGAACACACCGUGAAAGAGCGAAAAAAGCAAUUGAAGAAGGAAGGAAAGCCUACAAAUGUGGAGGAGGAUGAUCCUGAGCUGUUCAAACAAGCAGUAUACAAACAGACCAUGAAACUCUUUGCUGAGCUGGAAAUUAAAAGGAAAGAGAGAGAAGCCAAAGAGAUGCAUGAAAGGAAGCGACAAAGGGAAGAAGAGAUUGAAGCUCAAGAAAAAGCCAAACGAGAAAGGGAAUGGCAGAAAAAUUUUGAGGAAAGUCGAGAUGGUCGUGUGGACAGCUGGCGAAACUUCCAAGCAAAUACGAAGGGGAAGAAAGAGAAGAAAAACCGGACCUUCCUGAGACCACCAAAAGUAAAAAUGGAGCAGCGUGAGUGACCACCUGGGGUCACAGCCACAGAACCUUCCCUCAACUGUCUCCCCUCCUGCUUUGAAGGACUCAUUCUUUCCUCCCAUUUUCACCCCAACAUAGAGUAGUAUUUGCUUUUUAGUCCAUUUUGUUUUCAAUACAAUUUAAUAUCAAUCAGAGUAAUUCUUUUGUACAUUGAAAUGAGGGGCUUGGUUUAAAAAAGAAAACCUUCCCCCACCCCUACCCCUAGAACAACCAGGACUGGAAGGUGCCACCAUUGGUGCUGCCUUCUCUUCCCACAGCCUGUAACUUAAUGUUUUGUACUUCACUGGAUUGUGACGGUUAGAAACUUCAUGUAUAGUUUGUGGAAAUCAUCCAAUUAAACAUAUUGCUUAAAA